AUGCCGGAUCCUAGCGAGCCAGCACCCACGACUAGCGGCAUGCAGGCCGGGUCGCCAUCUCUGCCUCUUCCACAACAGGUGCCCUCAGCGCCCUCCGAGAAACGGUCUACGGCCCUGAAGAGCUCAACAGCAGCUGUGCAACAACCUGAAUCGACCCUUCCGCAGCUUCCACCGGAAUCGACACCGGCGAGACCACAGAAUGCCGUGAACCAGCCUGAGACGCCCUCCGAGCUAGACCUUGAUGAAAUAAACAGCGCUAUCGAAUCUAUCAGCAUCAAAGACAGUGCUAGCACAGCUACUAGCAAGGUCGCGACGGAGACACCCCUUUCGACGGCGCUCAUCACAGCGUCUGGAUUUGGGUCUGCGGUUACGACAACGCAGAAAGCGCCAGCGACUUCAGCGACAAACCAGAAUCAGUUUGUGUCGGGACUCGCACCACGUGUCUAUUCGCAACCCGCUUUGGGAGCAACUCCGAUCACCUUUGUUCCGUAUACAGAAGAAGACGUCAACGGCCACGAGAAGACUACACUGCACUUCCAAACCAUCACUGUUCAUCCUCGCUAUCGACACUCAUCGCUCGAGGAGCUGCGCUUGAUAGACUAUUCAAAUUCACGAGUCUUUGGACCCGGAUCUUCUACUGCUUCAUUGCAACCUUCCACGCCUAGUGGACCCCCUCAUCAGCCCCAGGCCAGCCCGUUUAGAACCGCCUUCAUCCAAGCUGGACUCCAGCAACAAGGCAACCCUUUCCGCGGUGUGCACAUUGUAGAGCCUCUCUUCCCACCAGCACCUGCGUCUAUAUUUGGACAACCUCAGACGACUCUCUUCGGCCUCUUUCAGGAGCCCUUUUCUUAUGGACGUGGCAUCUCCGGUCCCAUGGUCACCCUCCAGAUUCCGGGUUCCACUCCGUCUGACCCCAUCACGGAACAGCACAUUCAUCUGGGUCUGGCCUUGCAGUCUCCGUAUUUACGCGUCCAGCUAUUUGGCCGGCUAGUCCACCCACCGGUCCCAUCCACUUCGACCCUUAAGUUCGACCUCGAGACCUCUGACAUCAUCGACUUGGCGGUACAAUUCCUUUACACCGGUUCCGUCACUCUCAAACUUUCAAGCUCUCCCUUCCAACUCGUUGCCUUGCGCGGCAAGCUUGACUCAUUGGAUACAAUUAAACUUUGCCGCCUUUGGCUACUUGCUGUAAAUAUGAAGAUGCCGAAGCUACAGAACGAAGCGGUCAGACUACUCUGGAUCAAGCUAGGCCUCGAUCCAGGCACGCUGGAUCUACAACGAAUGACACUUAGCUCGGCGACAAUAGAGUGGGUAUAUUCAAAGACGGCGCCUGAUGACGCACUGAGGCGGCUGGUCGUUACGGUCUUUUCGAUCAGGACAAAGCCUGACAUGGUGAAGCAAGGCUUGAAAGCGGGUGGAUAUGAUGUAUUGAGUCUCGAGUUUUGGCGGGAAGCGUGGAUGGUUGACAAAGACGCUCGACUAGAUGUGAAGGACUUCUAUGUAAGGGAGUAA